ACUUUCAAAAUAUUGACGUUGUCAUGCUUGAAUAGAAUUUAACCUUCAAGUUAGCUGGAGGAAAAACGUGAUAAUGUUUUGAAUAUUUUGAUUACUACUUAUGGUUUUCAUUUUUUUUGUGUAAUUUCCAGCGGGAUGCUGAGUAAUUAUCUAACAUCCAUUCCUUGUACAAAAUUUGUUUUAAUAGAAGAUACUGUACAUGAAAAAGGCAAACGUAUUUUUGAUUUUCUCCUAAAAAGUCACUUGGAACGACCAAAUAACAGGAUACAUUAUUUUGUUUUUCAAGAACCGUUUGUAAGAGUUAAAACCCGGCUGCAGAAUGAAAAUUUAGUGCUACAUGAUUUUGUUAGUAACAAUUUAGGAUGGGACCAAUUGCCAGAAAUGUGUUUUUUGGAGGACAUGAUUAAGGAUGUAGGAGUUGAUGAUGUUAUUUUCAUUGAUUCUCUAGCACAUACUAUAUAUGAAUACGGUCUAGCAGAAACAUACAGGAUUUUGAACCUACUUAAAAACAAUGCAGGUGUUCAGCAAAUCAUAGCUUUGCUGCAUCAAGACUUAUUGGAAGAAAAAUUCAAAAUUCUGCAAUCAUUUGAGCAUUUAAGCACUCUUAAUUUAAACUUGCAAGACAGAAGUGGGUCCUCAAAAAAAAUAAUUCAAUAUACAUAUAAAAAAGUUGGUGGAAAAGUUAUUAAAGAGACCGAGGAAUUUUGGUUUGAAGGAGAAAAGCUGAUAACAAAGAAAAUUGAAAAACUUGAUGCGAAACAAAUUCUGGAAAAAUCUGUACCUUCACAAAUCAAUCCUGAAAAACUAUCUACAUUUAAAAUUGGACUUAGUGAUGCAGAUAAGAAAUCCAGAGAUGAACUAGUUUUGCCGUAUUUACCAAAACACGAAUCUGAAGAGAACCAACAAUCGGGAAAUAUAUUCUACAAGUUUGACGAUGUAGACGACUGGGAUGAGGAAGACCCCGACGAUGAUUUGGAUAUUUAACAAAAUGAAUCUAGAUUAAGUACAAUACCGGUGCAACAAUGUGUUCAUUUUAAUGAAUAUAAGCUUUAUUUUUAACAAAUUUUGCAUGUUGAAAGCUUUUAAAAUUUAUUUUAAAGUUUGUUAAAUUAAAAUAAGGGUAGUUGGUGGCAAUUGCAAUGGGCUGGAUUAUGAUCCUAAUAUUUUUGAACAUUUUUAAACAAAUACGUAAUUGCAUUCUCGUAGCCUAUUGUAUAUUAGUCAUUGAUAUUAUAACACCAUUGGAUCGAUUUUCUAACCUUCACUUGCUUGCCUAGUGGCUAGCGUUAAAAAAGGAAGCCUAAAUAUAGAACUAGUCUUGUUCCAGAUUUUACAUAGAAAUUGUUUUUAUGAAUCAACAAGUGGUGUUUAGUCUAUUUUUUAAAUCAAAAAUAAGUAACAAAGGUGAAAACAUAGUACUGUGUACUGAUUUCAAGAAGUUUAUAAUUAGAUAAAAUAAUGUGCAAAUAUAAAUUCUAUAAGUUGAUGAAUAUAUGUAGUUUUAAUCUGGGUAAUGUACAAAUAUUUGUUAUUGAUCGAUUUUGUUCAUUUUUGUCUAAUACAAUUAACAAUUUACUUUAUAUUUUGUUCGGAACAAUUGUUGAAAAUGUAAGAUUUUUAUUUGUUUAAUUUUCCAUCCAUCCACUGUUUGUAAAAAUCCUCUUAUUUUUAUUUUCUAGACGACUGAUGCAACUUGACAUAGUUACUACCUAAUUAUUGAAAUUGAUUGUUUCUAUUACUUUUUCAAUGAUGUUUGUAUGCUUGAUAAUAUCAGUGAAUAAGAGCAAUUGAAAAUAUUGUGCUCUCUGAUGAAAUCAGAAACAAAUGGUAUUAAGAGAAGUUACCACAUUAUGCACCAAUAAACUCUAGCCUAUUCUCUAUGCACAUUCAAGAAAUUCAAUUAGUAGUAACUUAUCUUUCUUUUUUUUAUUAAUAUUCUCUUGAUUUUCUAUGUUAUUUUCAAAAUACAUAUUUUUAUCUUUAUCAUCAUUAUCAUGUCAACCAUUUAACACGCACUGUUAGAUAUAGGCCUCACAAAAAGAACGCCACAACGAUCGGCCUAGCGCUAUUAUUUCUGCCUUUUUUUUAAAUAUUCAUACAUGUAUGGGUAGAAGAUAUAUUCCCAUUACACAUAUUAAAAAUUGAAAUGAAAAAUAACAAUUUUUAACAAAAAUUUGAAAGGGCUCAAGAUUACUCGAUAUUACAGAAUGAUUUUCAUUAAAAAAUUCUCUCCAUGUAUGAAAGCACAGGAUAAGAUCUGAAAUAAAAUAUAAAAUCAAAAUCAUUUAUUUAUUGUAUUGCACAUUGAAAUUACAAUUUUUCUUUCCGAGCUUUUUGUUUAGCGAACAAAUAUAUUGUUGACCUUGUUAUAAUUAAUUUCAUUUGCCAUGCUAUUUUGUAUCGUUAAUAUUGCGUUUCUGGCUCAUAGAGAAUCGCAAAUAAGUUUUAAUUUGCUAAAACUGCGUUCACAGCUUGCGGAUGUAGUAGGAAGCGUGCAGUAAAUUCGUAGAGCAAUACCGAAAUUAGGAAAGGCAUUCUGUAAAUCAUGCGUAUAAAUCUGUUGCAAAAGUUAGAAGCCAUUAGCCUUUUUUAUGUCACCGAAUAAAUGUGGAGUUUGCUCUUUAAAAACGUCGACUUUCUGGCAGAAUUCAGCGGUGUUUAAAUCUCGCUCGUAUUUUCGAGCCAAAUCUGCUCACUCCUUGUUUUUGCAGUUCUUCAGUUGGCAUAUUCAAGGUUUUAGCACCAUUGAGAAAUGCAAAAUUUGAAUUAAGCAUAAUAGCACUAUCAACCCUCGUUUUUAUUUCUGAUAUGAUUCGAUCUAAUAUCAUCAUGAUUUCUUUAAAAAACAAUUGAAAAUGUUGAAAUGUUCGUGAUUCGUCAUCACACAUCUCAUCAAAUUGUGUAUGUUUUGAAAUUUGCUUAUUUGGCAGAAUAGGUUCAACGCCAAUUUUUUCUGCAACUUCUCUAGCCUCGUUUAUCCAAUAUUCAAUUGAAUUUUCUCAUUUUUUUAAAAGUCUUGAGCAGGCCAUCCAUUAAAGCGAUCGAUAGGGAUGGCAAAAAAUAUAAAUCUAUCGAUAUAUCGAUCAUAUGAUGUAUCGAAUGAAAUAUAUCGAUGCCCAAUAUAUAUCGAUGUGAAUAUAUCGAUAUACAUAUAUAUCGAUACAUAUAUAAAGUUAAUGACACUUAUGUUUUCAAAAUAUAUAUGAUACACAACACACAUACUUUGUUUAUUGAAAAGAUUAAAAAUCAAAACAAAUUUAAUUCUUGUGGCAACGAACUCAAAAAUAAUAAUUUGUACAGUGUUUUUCCUGUGAGACGGUUCCUAUUUUUAGUAGCGGUGCCUCCAGCUUUGGAAAAUAGCCCCUCACUUGGUACGGAUGUCGCCACCACACAAAAAUAUUUUUCGGCCAACUUGGAUAAGCAUCUGCUAAUUUUUUUUCCCAUAAUAUCCCACCGAGUAGUAGUAGACGAAAAAGCAACAUAUUUUUUGAAUUAGUCUAAAUAGGUUUAUAGAUUCCUGGCAUGAUGAGGCAGUAUGGACCCUACAAGAUUCAAAGAAUUUUUUUUCUGUAUGGGACACAUCUGGAGUGCAGUCGAACAUUAUAGUGUAGUAUUUGGCUUCUUUAAUGUCAUUCAAAAUGUUAUUCUGAAUGUUGAAUUGUGUUUGGCGAAUAAAAAAAUUAAAUUCAAGAAGUUUCCUUCACAAGGCUGAGGACAUUGUGUGAUGAGGUCGCUAGGAGUUUCGCGGGACCUACGAAAAGAAAGACAGUUUGUUGAUAGAUACAAUACAGCAUCCAUAAAAAUACGCAGGAUGUCUCCAUUUUUCUUUCUCUCGAGUUCCCCACUUACAUAUACAUUCUAUUGAGAAUUGUAGCCGCUCAAAAUUGAUCUCUUUUGACCCUGUAUUUUUGUAGGUGGUCAGCCCACAUUUUACCCUAUUUAAUUAUAGUUUAUCACAUAUUUUUGCAGCUUUGACUACUGUUCUACAUUUUUCUCUGUCCUGCAUUUGUUUUUUCCAGUCACGUACUCCCAGAUUUAGUCCAUGAAUUUUCCUAAUAAUUCUACUCUCAUAUAUCCUUAGUUGUUCUUUGUCUAUAUUUGUUAGCCUCAUUGUUUCAGCGACUUAUGUAACUACUGGUCUUAUCGCAGUCUUGUAGACUCUCAAUUUGGUUGCUCUGCUAAUUCUUUUGCUCUGCAUUACAGAUUUGUACUUACAUGCCCUAUAUCCUGCAUGAAUUCUUUGUUUUGCCUCGUUUUCUGUGUCAUUUUGGUUGCUUAUCAUUGUUCCUAAGUACUUAAAGGUGUCAACUACUUCGAAGAUGAGGUCAUUUAUGUUCACUGUUUCCUGUUUGCGAAUUUCCUUUUUUCUUUCAAUUUUCGUAUAUUUUGUCUUUUUCUGAUUUAUUUUCAAUCCUCUUUUUCCCGCCUCUCUUACAAUUUUGUCUAAUGUGUUCUCUAGACUUUUUUGGUCUCUUGCUAUUAGUGUCAAAUUAUCACCAUAAGCUAUUACUCGUAUUGAUUUAUUAAUGAUACUUCCAUUGAUAUUACAUUCUCGUAUUAUGACUACAACUGUAAUGUUAAACAAUUUUUUUCAAAUUCCUCAGCUGGUCCGUUUUUUGUUAUUACCCUUGCCCUAGAAUUUAGCAUAGUCAUUUUCACCAAUCGUAUCAACUUUUGGGUUACUUGCAGUUUUUCUAUGUCCUUUAUAAUCGUCCUCAUUGUCAGACUGUCGAAUGCUUGUUUGAAGUCAAUGAAUAGCGUUUGCAUAUUAAUGUUGUGCGCAUAGAUUUUUUCGACCACUUGCUUUAUAGUAUGUAUGGCAUCUACUGUAGAUAUUUCCCUGCCUAAAACCUUUUUGAUAUCCCCCUAUUUCUGGUUCCAUUACCUUUUUCAGUCUAUCAUUUAUUAAUGUUGUAAGUAUUUUGUAUAUGGUAUUAAGCAAACUAAUACUUCUAUAAUUACUACAUAAGCUGGGAUUUCCUCCCUUCAGUAUUGGUAUAAUCAAUCCAUUAGACCACUCUCUUGGCAUUGCUUCUGUUUCCCAUACUCUUGAAUAUCUUGUACCUUAGUUUAUCUCCUCCAUAUUUUAUUAGUUCAUUCACUAUUUCGUCUGGCCCUCCUAUUUUAUUGUGUUUCAAUUUGUCUAUUAUGUCAUUACAUUCUGCUUCCGUCGGCUUUUCUUCAUUCUCUAAUAUGGUACCAUUGUCACUUAUAUCAUCUUCUUCGUAUUCACUGUCUUCUUCUGUUAAUAAUUCUUUGAAAUACUGACUCCAUUCUUUUUCAUUAAUAUGUGUCGUAUUUCGUUUUCUAUUUUGUUUCUUUAUAUAUUGAUAUAAUUAUACAUUAUUUUUAUUACCAUUUUGUAAGUUGUCCAUAUUAUCAUUUAGCCAUUUUAUUUUCUUUAUCUUUAUUAACUUGGUGCACUGUUUUCUUAUUUUUCUAUAUAUAUUAUAAUCCUCUUGUUUCAUAGUUCAACCUAGCCUCUUUUUUCUCUUAAUUUUUAUUGUACAUUCCGUGCAAAACAAUUGUUAUUUUUUCUAAUAUCUUUUGUACCAAUGACUUUCUGCGUUGCAUUUAUAACACUUUUCUUAAUCUUUUCCCCUUGCUCAUCAAUAGCAUCUUUUUCUUCACACUUUUGUAGUUGCUUUUAUAUUUCUUUUUCGUAUUCUUUCUCCCUCGUUUUCAGUUUCUGCACAUUUGAUUUUCUGCUUUUUAUCGCCUUGUUCACCAUAUUUACCAUUCUUAAUUUAAUUUUCAUUAUUACUAAUUGAUUACCAGUCUCAACACCUGUUCCUCUGUAUAAUCUUACAUCUUAUAUCAUUUUUGAUCUCUUUUUUGAUAUUAAGACGUGAUCUAUUUGGAUUCCCUUGGUACUACCUGGUGUCACCCAUUUAAUGUUCUGUCUUAUGUUUAAUGCUAGUGCUACUAAUAUACAUGUUGAAUUCCUUGGCUAGACUGCAUAUUCGCCAUCCAUUAUUGUUAGUUAUUUCGUGUAGGGUGUGUUUUCCUGCCACACUUCUUAAGUAGUCUUUUUUUCCUAUUUCUGGAUUCAUAUCUCCAAUAAUUAAUAAUGUAUCAUGUCUUGUGAUGUCCUCGCAUACCUUGACCAGGUUCACAUAGAAUUCAUCUUUGUCUUCGUAUUUUGCUUCUUCUGUUGGUGUGUAAAUAUUAAUUAUUGUUAUGUUUGCUAUACUAUUUUUUAUUCUUAGCUUUGAUAUUCUCCCACUUAUAACUUCAUAUUCUAGCACAUUUCUUUCCAUUCUAUGGCUGAUCAUAAAAUCUAUACCAUUCCUCCCUUUUUUAUCUUCUCCGCCAUAAAAUAGAGAAUAUUUCUUCUUAUUUAUUUGCCCUUUUCCCUUCCAUCGUAUUUCUUUGAGUGCCAAUAUGUCUUUUUGAUAUUCCAACAUUUCUUUUGCAAUUUCUUCCAUUUUUCUCAUUGCCAGCAUUGUUCUGAUAAUCCAUGAUGCCAUUAUCACUACAUCCUUUCAUUUGUUUUUCUUGUUUUUACCAUUAGCCAUUAUCCAUUCCAUUGCGUCGUGGACUUCCAAUAUAUCGAUGCUCUUUUCUAGUUUUUUUACUUCUUCUCUUUAUUCCCCUUUCCAUUUUCUGGGUAAAGAUCGUGUGCUGCACGUUUCUUGUCUUCAUUUUUUGUCGACUUUUCCUCCAUAUAUUUUGUUAUUUAUAAUGAGUUUGUUAUAUUUGAGCCUUGCAUUGUGUCCUUAUUCUUUGGGUAAUUUCACCUUAGGUAACAACUUUUUCCUUUCUAUUUGCACUUUCUUUUAGUAGUCUUCAUUAAUCCAUAUAUUGGUACCUUUCAGUUUUUAAGCUUGGUUCAUAUUUUCUAAUUUUUUGUUCCAUUUUUUGAUUUUAACUAUAAUCGGUCUCUUUUUAUUUAUUUUAAAUGCUCUUAUUCUGUAGUAUUCUAAAUCAGAUUCCAGGUCGACUUCUAUCUCUAUUUUCUCCAUUAUGAUCUUUUCUUUUAUUUUUUGUUGACUUUCAUUUUCCCCAUCUUCGAUUCCUUGAAUUUUUAUAUUAUUGCGUCUCAUUUAUAUUUCUACAUUUUCCAGUCUUUCCUCUUGUUCGGCUAUUAUUUGAUUAAGCCUUUGAUUUUCUUAUUUUAAUUCAUCUAUAAUAUAUGCAUUUCUGUUUAUUUUUUCUUCCAUGCUCUUGAGACUACCUUUUAUCUGUAAAAACAUUCCUUUUAUCAUUUCCAUAUCGCCCUUUUCAUUUUUAUUAUUCGUUUUCUUUUAUUUUGCUUAACGCACCCUAAUAAGUUUCACGUUCCGUUCAGUUUCGCUAGGCACCUACUCAAUUCAGCCCCUAACCUGGGCAUGUAAAAUUUGUCUAGCUACAUGAUUGUGGAUUAAUUUUGCUAUUCUAUUUGGAUUUAGUCUGGGUCUGUAUUUUUAUCAAUUUGGAUUUCAAUUUUUAUUGGUUUUUAACGAUAUUUGUUAAUAUAUAUGAUAACUUGCACUUACACAAGAUAUUUCUGAGCUUUCUGGUAAUUACAGAUUAUUACUUUAUUCUCAAUUUUGUUUUAUCACUCCCACGAUUUAAUUGUAUACUUCUCACAUUAGAUGCAGGACCGUAUUCCAGUUUCCCACUUAAUCAUACCCUAUUUAGGCAUUUGAGAUGCCUCAUGUUCGCUUAAUCUCCCAUAAGUUUUUUUCCACUUUAUAAACCCUGUAGAACAUAACGCGGAUAUAGUGGCAGAGAACGGUUUCUGGUAAAUCCUGCAGCACACACAAAAAAUUGCAUUUUUUAUGUUAGAAUAUAAAAGCCAAGAUCUUUGAAGUCUUCGUGAUUAGUCAACGUUUUGUACCAUAUAGACCAUAUGCCAGCGCAUUCAGUUGAUCAAAAUACAAUGUUUUCUGAUGGAUUAUUUUCUGAUAUUAACACAGCCUGACUGUUAAACAAAGAUCGUUACUGGUCGGUCAUCUUGAUCCACUUGGUCGAGCAAAAUGCAAGAAAUAUCCUCUGACUCAAUAUCAUUUUCAGGAGUUGUGGCAGAUACUGACGGGCCACCUCCUCCGAUAAGCCAAUUUUUCAUCUUUUCCACAAAUAGUUUUCCUUGUAACACCUUAUACUUAGCUUUUUUCCUAUAUUCCGCUUCCGAUAGUUUUUUGGCACGCUUAUAAUUUCAACCUAUAAAAAAAAAUAAAACUGUUAUCCUUAAUUAACCUUGGCACAUUACUGGGAGGGGAGAACUUAAUUGCAAAUAAAUGUCUUUGAAAAUUAAAAAUAAUUUCACGUCGCUCACACAAGACAGUCAAAGCACUACGUUAUAUACACAAAACCCACUUUUGGGUUUUGUGAUCAUCUUAAUACCACGAAACAAUGAGUAAGAAAUUAGUGAAUAUUCAGCGGGUAAAGAAGGUUCCAUGUUGUUGAUAAUACUACAUUUAACGUAAUGGAAUUAAAAUAUAUAUCAAAAUUAAUAAAUCCCUUGAUUUUUUUCUUAAUCCAUCAAUAACUGAUUAAGAUAUAGAGAUAUAAUGAUCAAAGGCGGAUAUUAAUAUUUGUUAUAUACGUUUAUCUCAGCCAUCAUGUAAUAAACAAACCACAGCACGAAAGGCGUUAGUGAUUGCAUGUAUAACAUUGGAUUAAAAAAAUAAAUAUGGUUUUUUAAACAACACAAGAUAUAUAAAAUACUUACCUAGUAAGGACAAUCGAUGAGUUGUGACAGAUUCAUAUUCAUGCGGCACUAAUAAUACAGGCAGAAUUUACUCUAUGCUUGUUGAUUGACAAGAACUGAACAGUAAAUAGUAAACGCAAGUCGAAUGUUUGAAACCAAAUACGGUCACGGAGAUCAAUCGUGUUUUGUUUCACUGCACCGGGCGUCACGUGCGUGGGCUGUGAAUUCCGCAAACACGCGCGAUUGUUAACCUACAUCUGCGCGCUCCACGAAAAAUAUUUUCUGUGUAUAAAGUACGAAUUUGCCCAGGGCAGGGGCCCUGGCUUGCCCCCCUGACAUUCUCAUUCGUUUUUAAAAUUUCCCGUUUCUUUGUGGUGACUGAAAUGAUAAGGAAAAUAAAAUCAUAAUGAAAAGCUUAUUUCUAUUGCCAUCGAUAUUCAUUGAAUAGUCUAGUGUUUUACAAGAAUCACUGCUGCUGAUUGGAUGAAACGAAAUUUAAUCUUUAUACAGUAAUCAACCAAAUUUCUUCUUCAAAGAAUGUAUGUCUUAUUAACAGUCAGAUUCCAAUGUAUUAAUAAUAAAAAAUUUUCAAUUACAAAACACUAGAAAAUACUCCCAAAUAUACCAUACUUAUUUAAAACAACGAUCAACUCAUAGGGCGAAAUCUCAAUGUUUGACCAGUACUAGUUUCAUCUUUGUUAGCAAACUAAUAGAACUAAUAGAACUGGUAUUGAAAUAUCAAUAAUAUUAGUUUGAAUUUGUUUUGGCAUAUCGCCGCAUUUAUGUUAUUUUUUUCUAAUAAACAGGUUAAU